AUUAGCCUUGCUUGCGCUGCGCCGCGGCCCCAAGACAUCAACUUCUCUUUGGCGGACGCCCUUCCCGACCCUACCUACAGCGAGGCCGUGGGAGUCACCGCUCAAGUCAUCACCUACGACGCUUCCGCAGUCCUUUCUUCUGCCGCUUCGCAAAUCACUGCAUCUGUUGCCGACACUGCAGCUGCGGUGGUUGCUACCACGGAUGCCCCAUCAAACCAGAAACGUGAUGCUUGUGCUGCCCAACAGGCGCAGCCCUCGGGAUAUGGCCCCGUUCCUGCGCCUGAUACUCCAUCCGCCUUUUUGUCUUACAGCUCCUUCGUAGCAGCAGCCACUGGAGCUCCCGUCCCGAGCGGAUAUACGCAACAGUUCUCCAAUCUUCAGGCGUCCAGUGGAGCCUAUGGUUACCUCGGCUUCUAUACUUUGCAGACUUACGACACCAAUGCAUGUGCAACAAAGUGUAAUGCCGUGAGCGGUUGUGUUUCUUUCAACCUCUACUUCGAGCGCGACCCAACAGUCAACCCUGGAGGCGACUGUCUGAAUCCCCCCAGCACAACGACUAUCAAAUGCGCCCUGUGGGGCGGCCCUGUGACUGCAGGCAACACUGUGAACACUGGUCAGCCUCGUGGGCAGUUUGUGGUCGUCAUCGCCGGCUCCAACGGAUACUUAAGCAACGCGGUAGCUAGUGUGCCUGGUUACGGUCCUGCUCAGCCCUACGGUAACAAUGCUAUCAACGCUCCCUACGACCAGAAUGGAUACAACACCUUCCUCGGUAGUGCCAUCUUCCAAGGUGCUUUCAACGCAGAGCUUUGUGCUGCUGCUUGCACGCAAAAGAGCGAUUACGCCAGAGCUCAUCCCCCCACUGAUGGAACUCCAGUUCAGACGUGCCAGUUCUUCAACACAUACAUUCUGUACAAGAAUACUCCAGACAAUGUCCAAGGACAGUACUGUGCCAUGUAUGCGGAGUCAUGGGGUCCCAGCUUUGCCACGAACAAUGGACAAUACCGUGGUAACGAUCAUUUCAUGAUCCAGUACAGCUUCGAAUACAGCAACUCUACCAACCCCGGCUCGCCCAACCCAGUCGCUGCCGUGUAUCAAGCACGUCAGGACAUCUUGUGGCCUGGUAACUCGGCACAGCCUUUCUGCUCUUCCAUUCUGGGCUACACCACGCCAGUAGCUACUACCGUUUCUGUCACCAAUGUCGCUGCAACAGUCACCGCAACUUCCGUAUCUACUUAUUUCACCACUGUCUCGACUGUGGUCAAUGCAAAACGCGAUGGUGGCGCCUCUCCCGCUCCCACCAGCUGGACCAUUAUCAACGGAGUCGCCUUGUUAGCGCUUCCUUCAAUUCCUUUAAGCUCAACCCAAGCGCCUCAGAAACGUGCUGUCUCGACUCCCAAUGUCUUGACCAAAUACCCGGCCAGUAUCAUCACAUCGGCAUGUUCAUUGGCGGCAUCGCCUGUCACCACCAGCGUGACAACCUUGAUCACUUCAAGUGUCACUGUCGGCGCUACCACGACCGUCACCGAUGUAGUCACGUCGACCUGUACCCCGGCAUACAAGUUCGUGGCCGCAUCUGGCACAUACGCUGGGCAAUACAUCACG